AUGAGUACCGCAACUCCAGACUAUGAUGCAAUUGUCAUCGGAGCAGGCUUUAGUGGUGUGAGAUGUCUCUGGGAGCUUGACCGACUAGGCCUGACAGCCAAAUGUUUUGACGCUGGCUCAGACGUCGGCGGCACCUGGUGGUGGAAUCGUUACCCCGGAUGUCGAACUGAUGGGGAGGCGUGGGUAUACGCGUUGAAGUUCCUGCCAGAGCUUCUGGAAGAAUGGGACUUUACCGAGCGUUAUCCCACGCAGGAGGAGAUUCAAUGGUAUCUAGGUCGUAUCAUCGAUCGUUACGAUCUACGAAAGAACAUUGACUUCAACACCGAGGUCAAUUCCGCCCAUUACAGUGAUAGUGAUCAUGUCUGGACAAUUACCACAGCGAAUGGCCGUGUGGCUACCUCGCGAUACUUCCUUCCCGCCACAGGCAUCACAUCGAUCCCCAAGGAGCCGUCAUUCCCUGGUCUUCAGUCAUUCAAAGGGGAGAUAUAUCAAGCUUCCACCUGGCCACAGCGUGAUGUCGAUCUCCAAAACAAGCGAAUCGGUGUUAUCGGCACAGGCUCAACGGGCAUUCAAGUCAUCACCAAGCUUGCCCCCAUUGCUGAACAGUUGACGGUUUUCCAACGAACUCCAAAUUAUGUUCUCCCGGCUCAAAACUACUCCCUCGACGAGCAGAAGACAGAAGAUGUCAAGGCGAAUUUCGACGCCUACUGGGAUAUCGCCAGGGUGAAUCUGGCUGGUCACGCCGUCAAGCAUUCGGGAAGAAUGGUCGCCGGUAUGGAUGACCCAGAGAAAAUUCAAGAUUUGUUCGAGACUGGCUGGGCGCGUGGAUGUUAUGAUUUCCAGCUGGGCACUUUCGAUGACCCUUUCAUGCACCCGGAUGCCAACGCGGCCACCGCGGAAUUUAUUCGUGGCAAGAUCCGGUCCAUCGUUCAUGACCCCGAUACCGCCGAGGUACUAUGCCCAAGCUAUCCCUUCGGCGCAAGACGUCCUCCUUGCGCAGACGGAUAUUAUGAAAAAUUCAAUCGGCCGAACGUCCAACUGGUUGAUACCAGCAAAACCGAAAUCGAGAUUACUGAAAAGGGUGUGAAGACUGUCUCUGGCGAAGAAUUUGAGCUUGACAUCAUUAUCCUCGCACUGGGCUUCGAUACAGGCACGGGCGCAAUGAACAAGAUCGACAUCAGAGGCAGCCAGAAUAGAUCUCUGCGAGAGUCCUGGUCGCAGAGACUUGAGACUUUUGCCGGUGUCUUGGUUCAUGGAUAUCCGAACAUGUUCGUUGUCUGUGGUCCACAUUUGCCCGCGGGAAACCAACCUGUCAGUCUCGAGUCAUUUGCAAGCUGGAUCGGCAAAACCAUAGAGCAUAUGGAAAGCAAUGGGCUCGCCACGAUCGACGUGUCCAACGAAGCCAUGAAUGCUUGGACGACACACGUUGAGGAUGUAUGGGCUGGCACAUUGAUAGCAAAGCAUGCCCACGAACAAGGCUCUUGGUAUGUCGGUACCAAUAUUCCCGGCAAGCCGUCCCGAAUUAUGUUCUAUUUCGGAGGAAUGGUACAUUUGGAGCCUUGGCUCAUCAAGGAACUGGAGACGCAAUGGUCAAGCAUGAGCUUUACAACUCUUGAAGGCGCCAAAAAUGGGACCAACGAUGUCUCGAGUCCAUCAAGCACGGUUGGCGGUGUCCAACUCACGCCUGCGAUGCUCGAAUCUGUACACAUUCCUUUGGAAGCCGACAAGGUUGGCAUGACCGUGGCGGAAAAAUCUACCUUGGUCAACGCCGCUACUGCUGUUUACAUUGACGCCGCAGUGAAAGAAAUGCGAAGACGCGGACUGAGUCCCAAACAGGAUUAUCGCCUCCAUUGGUGGAAAGUGAUGGAGGAUUUCGUUGAUUCCGACGAGGCCCAAAAGACCAUCGAGGAAGCCUCAUUGACAAAGGAAGGAGUAGAGAACCUGAUCCCCAGACUAGGGAUUGAAGGCGAGGUGAUUGCAAGAAUGGGCCCAGAGAUCGUGAACAUUCUUAUUGGCAAGACACACGCCCUUGCGCAUAUCAUGAGGGAGGAUUUGCUUUUCCGCGUGUAUCUCUCGGAUGAGGGUCGGCGUGCUAAUCGUUACGCGGCUGAGUACACCAGAAUCCUCACCUCGGAGAGGAAAGCGAUCAGAAUUCUGGAGAUCGGCGCUGGGACCGGUGGUACCACUACAGAAGUGCUUAACCUAUGCAGUCCUAAUGGCGAGCAAUUCUGUGUCGAAUACGUGUUCACAGAUUUGUCGCCAGGGUUUUUUAACACUGCGAAGACAACGCUCAAGAAGUGGGAGUCUCUCUUAAGCUUCAAAGUCCUGAAUGUUGAACAUGACCCUGUUAGCCAAGGCUUCGAAGAACACACUUUCGACUUGGUCAUUGCGGCAAAUGUCAUUCAUGCAACAACACGUCUAGCCAAAACCCUGAGCAAUGUGCACAAACUACUCAAGCCCGGUGGUGUCUUCGGUCUUGUAGAGCUCACGAGGUUGACACCGUUCUAUAACCUGACGUUUGGACCACUGUCUGGGUGGUGGGCUGGCGUUGGCGAGGGAAGAACAGAGAGUCCCCUGCAGUCUCCUGAGCAAUGGGGUGAAUUACUCAAGCAAACCGGCUUCUCUGGUGUUGAUCUGGCUGCAUACGAUCUUUCCGGGCCACAGAGGCAUAGCUGCCUCUUGUUGUCGACUGCCUUGGACACUCCAACCUCAAAUGGUCAUUGA